AUGCCCGUCAUCUCGAGACCGAGAGGUGUGACGUCAUCAGGGUCAGGCGGACGAGGAACAUCGUCCACGUCGGCGACAACGACCGCCACGUCGACUACCGUAAUCGUCAACGACUUGAACGACGACAUCUCUGUGACGUCAGCGAGCUUCACCCUUCUGCGCGACAAUGAGCCGCUGCCUCCGGAACACCAGGAGCUGAACGUGAAGGCGCUGCAGCGCAAGCUGAUGGAACUGAAGGCCGAGAAGGAAGGCGUCCCACUCUUCACCAAGACCAGGAAGUACAACAACAACAACAACAACAAUAACCGGAUCACGCGGUCACAGAACAACAUCUCGGAUCCCAAGAAGAAGAGCAACGUCGCAGGGGAGAAGGUGCUGAGCAAGUCGGUGAACAACCUGAGCGCCAGCCUGGUGAGCAACAACGCCGGGCACAAGGGCUAUCACCGCAACUGCUACACGAGCGCGGGCCCGGCCGACUACUCCUACUUCCACCUCUACGGCAGCAUGGCGGCGGCGGCCGUCGCCAAGCACAACAACUACCGCAACAACCUGCAGAACGGCGCCGCCGGCGCGCAGACCGAGUCGCCCAAGCUGGCGCGCAAGAAGCGCUCCUCUCCAGGGGAGGAGGGCACGCCUCCCCAGCAGCCGGGCGGUCGCGGGCGCGCGGCGCCGCCCGGCCAGGCCAGGGAUCGGCCCAUGUUCGUGACGACGGUCAAGUCGGGCUGCUUCCUGGAGCCGCCGCCGGAGCUGGCCGCGCUGCUCGGCCUCCCCAGGGCUGGAGGCCUGGACCAGCGCCAGGUGCUGCUCUACUCCUUCUCCAGCCAGCCGCGCGUGCUGCCCAGCAACGCCGGCCGCCAGCAGGUGCACAAGGCGCGCUGCCCGGCGGCCGCCUUGGCCGCCCAGAAGCAGCAGCAGCUGCAGCAGAAAAACGGCGAUGCCAAGAAGCAAGAUGCCGGCCCUCCGUACGCCAACAUCAUGUACGACCGCCGCGUCGUACGUGGAAGCACAUUUGCUCAGCACCCUAUCCCGACGGAUGGGGAGUCGCAGGCGGCACGCCAGGCCGAGGUGCGGCGCCGGGCGCUGGCCAGGAAGCGCGCGCAUGCGCAGCAGGGCCGGCUGGGGCUGCGCAUCGGGUCCCCGCCGCCCGUGGCGGGCCGCAAGCACGAGACCGUCCAGACGUCCGCCUACCUCGAGGAGAUCCUCGACCGGCCGCUGGAAGAAGACGCCUGCUGCCAGACAGACCUGUUCCUCGACCGGCCGCCGACGCCACCCUACGUACCGGCCAAGACCGGCCUCGACCAGGAGACGCAGAUAUACCCAGGAGACCUCUUCGACUUCGACUUGGAGGUGGAGCCAAUCCUGGAGGUGCUCGUGGGCAAGACGAUCGAGCAGGCCAUGAUCGAGGUGCUGUCCGAGGAGGAAAUGGCCGCCAUGCGCGCGCAGCAGCGCCGCCUCGAAGAACGCAGGGCCGGCGAGGAGGCAGAGAUCAAACGACUGGAGGAGCGCGAGCGGCGCAUGCGCGAGGAGAAGGACCGGCGCGUCUCGCAGCUGGAGCGCGAGCUGCGCGAGCAGCAGGAGGCGGAGGAGCGGCUGGCGGCGGCCGUGCUCACCAGGGGCUACCUGGAGGACGCGCUGCCCGCCGUGCUGCGCGGGCUCAACGAGGCGGGGUACUUCAUCGACGCCAUCCGCGAGGACGUGCUGCAGAACUUCAUGCCGUGGCUGAUGAACGAGGUGCGGCAGGAGAUGGACCAGAUGGUGGCCUCGCGCCAGGUGCUGACGGACCUGGUGCGCGACAUCGUGCGCUCGCGGCGCGACAUCUACAUGGCGCUGGUGGAGAGCGACCGCCACCAGCGCUGGCUCGAGGGCCACGAGCACGAGCAGGAGUUCCAGCGGCAGCACGCCGACAGGCUCAAGAAGGAGCAGGAGCUGGCCGAGGUGGAGGCGGCCAAAGCAGAGGAGGCAGCAGACGAAGAAGAGUCCGGAGCGUCGUCUUAGUUCUCAGCAUCUCCACCGCGGCCCUUGGCGCUACUGCCUCUGGAGCGCCACAGCGCUGCCAACGGACGACAGGCGAACCAUUUCGACACACCGCUCCGCCAAAUUACCAGAAGAAAAUGCCAACGUUCGGAGAGUGCAA